AAAAAGUCCACUGGACUUGGUUCAGCCCUGAGCUCUAGGGGUUACAGGAAGUUGUAGCUGCCAUGAUUAGCUGCUUUGUUGUAGAUUCCUUGUAGGUUUCCUGCAGAUAUUAGCCUGUGUUGCAAUGGAACCGAGCUGGAGUACGUUUUUAUUCCAACAGGCCAAUGAGGCUCUACAUCACCAGCACCAAGUAGCCGGGAACAGCCUCUUGCCUUUGCUCAGUUCUGGAACGGACCCACCUGAUCAGAAACCGGUGCUGCCCAUUCCCUUGGACCAGAAACCCCCUGUCAGUGCUGCAGAACUUCUUAAAGACAAUGUAGCUAGUGGGACUGGGGGAGGAGGUGGUGGAGGGCCUCCAGUUGCCGUAGUCAAAAAGGAGCCUAAAUCAAAGACACCCUUCAUCUGUGGCUACUGCAACAAGGCUUUCCGAGACAGUUACCACCUGCGGCGGCAUGAGUCUUGUCACACUGGCAUUAAGAUGGUUUCGCGGCCUAAGAAGGCACAAACAGCCCCCACCAUGGUGCCGCUCAUAUCCACUGUACCACGUGAGAAUAGCGGAAAUCCUUCAUACAUUACUACUGUAGCUGGUAUCCUGACUACAGCCACCACGUCAACAUCCACUGGCACUAGCAUCAUGACUCCAAUGCAACACCAACAGCAGCAGAGCAUCCCUAAGAAGCCUCCCAAACCGGUGAAAAAGAAUCACGGCUGCGACAUGUGUGGCAAAGCCUUCAGGGAUGUGUACCACCUCAACCGCCACAAGUUGUCGCACUCUGACGAGAAACCAUUUGAGUGUCCCAUCUGCCAGCAGAGGUUCAAGAGGAAGGAUCGCAUGACAUACCAUGUUCGCUCCCAUGAUGGUGGAGUUCACAAGCCUUACAUCUGCUCUGUCUGUGGGAAGGGCUUCUCCAGACCUGAUCACCUAAGCUGUCAUGUCAAGCAUGUCCAUUCCUCAGAGAGACCAUUUAAGUGCCAAGUAACGGCCUGUACCUCUGCCUUCGCUACCAAAGACCGUCUGCGCUCACACAUGAUCAGGCAUGAAGGCAAAGUGACCUGCAACAUCUGUGGAAAAAUGCUAAGCGCUGCCUACAUCACAAGUCACCUCAAGACGCAUGGCCAGGCCAGCUUCAGCAACCCAUGUAACAAUAAAGGCAUAAGUGACUGGCAGUGGAACCACUCAGGGCCACGAAAAGGUGAGUUGACGGUAGGAGAGAUUUUAAAUAACUCCUUCCAAGUCCUAAUUGACAACUCUCACAAAGAUGCCAACAACGUGCACAACAACUCGGCAACUACAACGCCGGUCACCAACUCGGCAGCCAUCACCUCAGCUGUGAACCGCAGUGGCAAUGCUAGCAAUCCUGUCACCAUCGCUGCACAGAUGAACAUCGCCACCAGCACGGUCAACAUCACAUCACCGGUCAGCCUACAGCACCCUGUCACCAUAACUGGCCCUGUGAACUUGGCCUCCGUCAACAUCCCUACAACAGCACACAUGAAUAUCGCCCACCCAGUGGCUAUCACCACUCCCAUGCCCAUGAAUAUUACUGGGCCACUCAACAUUGCCAUGAGGCCUAUGGAGAGCAUGCCUUUUCUAUCCCAAGUUCUGCCUUCCUCCCCUCCUUGGUAGAGCUUUCUUUAGCCCAUGUGAGAGCCGAUAAUGUUUUAACUGCCUAAUAAUGUUCGAGUCUGUCAAAUCUUAGUAAAAUGCCCCAGUAAAUGGGGCAUGCGAGAUAGUGUAUUAAACUUAAAAAGGUGAUAACUAAUGUAAUACAACCACAUAGAUAGUAACCGAUUGUUACUUGCAGGAGUCAUUGUUAUGGCAUAAUUUGUCAAUUGUGAAUUUUGUUUAUAUUUAUAGAAGAAAAAAUGUCUCUAAUACCCUUAAUCAUGAUAGAAAAUUAAUUGUUUGAUUUAGUCAUUCAUUGCAGAGUAUUAGCCUACAUAGCAUGUGAGAUAGUUUGCUGCCUCCACUGGAUAAUCUGCCAGAUGUAUGGUCUAUUGUAGGGAUGGGCAAUAUGGAUAAACUCUAUCAUAGUAUGUGUUUUAUUUUUAUUUUAGAUAUUGUAAAAUAGGAUGUUUCUAGAAAUGUAAUAGACAACAGUGUUAUUGAUACCAGAUGGGAGUUUUUGGCUAACCUAGUGAAUUAAUUACCUGGCAAAUCAAGGUGCUUCAUCACAUUGAUGCAAAAAGUCUGUAAAUCAAAUAUCACGUAAAGCAGUCCUGCUCAUGGAUUUCCAACAUUGCCCACACUGGCCUAAUACACCAAAAGGGAGAGAUACCUCAGUGCAAAUGGUAUGGCAAAAUUUCUGACAGAUUGUUAUUGUCUCGAAGUAUAUGUUAUCAUAUUGCCCAUACCUAGUCUAUGAUGUUACAGUUAAAAUGUUGUGUUAAGUCUUUGUCAUACAUACUAGUAGGGUUUUAGAAGGCCAAGUCAGUCUCAGAUAUAAACAAACUGGUUUGACAAAAAAAAAAUCAUAACUUUGUUACAUUUUCCCAUAGCUAUCAACCACAUUUCACAUUCUUCAUUAGUGAAUGAGGGUUGCUCAGUUAUAGAACUGUCAUUGCGAGAUCUAAGUAUGGAACUCCAAUCAUGUGAUCAUAUCGGGGGUGGGGGAUUGUAAUAUCUGUCUGUUCAAAGAUGUCUUUAGUGCCAGAUGUGAUUGGCCUCUAAUCUCCAUCUAAGACCAUGAUAUACAGUUGAAAGUUCUGAAAAAGAUAGCAAGUGAUACUGAAGUUCAAAUGAUUUUGUCAAACUACUAUCUCCAAGGUCAAGAAUGAACUUUCACUCAGAUAAACUCAUGUGUGUUACCGCUUGACUGCCCAAAUUAUCUGAAUGAUGUCACAGGCCGCAGAACACUUCAGAUAACUUUUUUCACAUGCUAACGUGAUGUGACCUUAUGACACGGGUAGGGGUGGAUGUUUGAAGGGUGAUAUUUUGUGUAGAUAUUCUGUGUAAAUAAUGACCAUUUUAUGCCAAAGAUUUUCUAAGCGUUGUUUCCCCCUGAAUGCUAUAUUUUAAAAGAUAAGAGGAAAACCUUUAAACAGCAUUUAGACCAUCAUGGGACUAAAUUUUCCUUUUGAAACCCAGAGUAAUGAAAUUAGCACCUCUCCCCACCCACCCCUCAUCACCCCUUUGAACUACCACCUCUGGAACUGUGGUGGGUCAUUAGUCUUACUAGUUUUUUUAUUAGAAGCCAACAUGUACUGGUAUUGACCCUGUUAUGUUGAAAUGUUGAAUCUUUCCCAGUACCUGUUAUGUUAUUGCAAUAAUAAUUAUACUUUUUGCAUCAUUUUAAUGUGAUAAUGUGUAUAUUGAUGUUACAUUGCUUGCAUUACUGGCAGUUCAUCACAUGAACAGGUUUCAUUACACUUUCAAACCAAAAGAGUACUUUCUACCACUUUGACAUGGUUUAAAAUUAUUGGGCAGUUAAUACAAUAUCAGCUGCUAAAUGUUAACCCAUAUUUUGUUUGUGUUUAUCCCUUGCUUACCCCUUUUUCAAACUUGAGUAGUUUGUUUUACUAUGACAAAUAGUUGAGGGUGAGCUGGCUCAUUGCAGCAGUGUUGGCAGUAAACACAUUAUAUGCUGUGGAGAGGCAGACCCUUUUAUAGCCCUGUUGUCUGAAUUCUUUAAUUUCUAUUAUAAGCCACUGAAGGACAGCGCAGGUCUUGUAAAAGUGACCAGUUGAAAAUGAUUUCCUCAACUGGGCAUCUGACUUCAAACAUGGAUGAUACGUGAUACCUUAGGCAUUGUUUUAACAACUCCUUAAAUGGAAGUGUAUUGCCGGAGUUGUUGUUAAAUGCUUCCUCUUAAGGCAAGUUUUGUUUCAUGUUGUUUUGCUUUUGUUCUUUUAGUGGACUUAUCAGUAUUUGAUAGUUUAUCUAUUUUAAACAUUAAGUACAAAAAACAAAGCUUCCAUUUCAGGGCAGGGUGAGUGAUAUUGUGGAUUUUGCUGACGGUUCGGAGGCUGUUUAGAUCCACCAACCAUCAACUCCACCAACCCCCCCCCAACCAUAUUUUUUAUUUUAAAAUUGCUGGAAACCAGUCACUCGUCUCUGCUGGAUACUCUACAUAAGUGUAUUUGUGACAUUUAUUUGGGAAUUUUUGUAUGUAUUUAUAUCAGGACAUGACAGUUGAAGGUACAGCUAAGAGGAAAUUUUACUGAAAGCAUGUCCCCUAGGUUUUGCUUUUUAAAAUUGCAGUAUUAUCAAAGGUCAAAUGAUUUUAAAUUUGGAUUACUGAGGACGUUUAACCUGUAGCGGUCAAGAGAGCCACCCAGCGGCUCGUUAGACUCUGCGCUCCAAAAGCAGUCCCAAAGUUACCUUUUGUGGUGUGUUCAGUUGAUUAGAUUGUUUACUUUAGCAGGUAUAGGAUCCCAUCACUGUCGUUCAAACUCAGGAAGGUUACUGAGAAUAGUCUUUUAAAACCAUGUUCAACAAUUUACACACUGACCAUUUCUUUGUAAAUAUGAAACACUAUUUUAUUGCCUUUUUAGCUAUGGGCGAGGGAACCUCUCUGAACUUACAGACUAGCAAUGCAAGAACUAUAUCACCACUGAUGUGGCCGUCCAUCCAGGAGAGGACAUAGAAAUGAGCAGAUACUAAUUAAAGAAUAAGGCUGGUGUCAGUUUCUUUUAUCAUCAUCAAAUCCCAAAAAAGGGCCAAAAAACAAUUAAUCCUAUUAAGUAUCAUGUUUGUAUCUAUGGUUUGAUAUAGCUUAUACCUCCGAUACCAUAGAAUUCCAUUGAAAAUUGGUUGAGAUGCUUCAUUGAGAUGAACACUGAAUGUAGUUAAUUCCCCUCAGAUUGUCAAACGAGCAAAGUGAAAACAGAGAACCUCUUGCCCGUGCAUGUCAUCCGCUCCACAUGGUGCUACUCUUCAGAGACUAAAAAUGAGGCCACAGAAUUCUUUCAGAAUAAAAACUGCUCAUGAUAUUCACAUUGAAGGUACAUGCAACCCAGUGCAGUGGAAUGGCUCUUUUUUUUUUUUUUUUUUGGUUUUUGGGAAAAAAAGUAGAGUUCUAUGGCAGUGUUAGCAUAAUCAGGCUGUAGCUACACAGAUCAUACCUGUCAGCAGGAUAAACUCAGUUGUAGUUUCUUCAGGGAAAUUAUCAAUUGUUAUAAAGAGGAAGAAUGACUCCAACCUUACCCUUUUUAAAGGAUCUCACUUGCAUGGGGGGGGGGGUUCCUCGCAGUUCAUCUUUGAGGCUGUGAUCACAAAGGAGGCUUUAUUUUCCCGCUCAAAGCUCAGGUGUGCCUGAAAGAGCAAGAUGGCAGAGGGUGGGAGUAGCAUUCAUGUUGCUAAGCAACACAAGGGUUGAGAACUUACAGCCAGUGACAAGUACAUUUGUGAUCUUGUCCCUACAAGUUACAGCCCCACACCUCUUCCUAUGUGGGUGUUUGCAUACAUGUUGCUGCAUAAAUGAAUGCAUUCAAAAAUUCAAUUUUCAUACUUUCUUUCCAAGAGAAGUCGUUACUAAGAAUGGAUGUCAUCAAGACUGGAACAACUGAACUUUUUGAGGUUGCAACCACAGAGGUGAACAAUGGCUGGGCCAGAAUUCAACACUCCUCAUUCAAACAUGAGGCAGCACUUGCUACAUGAAUUUGGGAGACAUUUGUUGGGUCAGGCCACUGCAAAUCACCAUUCCUGACAUUGCUGUCGUACUAAGACGAAUAUCAGGACACAAUAUGUGUUGCAUUUUUGCCAGUCCUGUCGACUGGAACAAAGUUGUCUGGUCCAAUGAAUCCUGGUUCUGGAUCAGGGCUGGAAAGUCUAAGAAAUCCUGAUUACAGUUGUACCCCACAAUGGUCUUAUUGGGGCAUGGCACAAACAAGUACAUGGAUUCAUUGUGCAUUCAGCUGACAUAAAUAGGCUCCUGAAGAUGGACACCUUGAUGCCAGAGCAGACCUUAACAUUGUAGCAUAUGAUGGUCUUCCAUUCACGCUUGAACCCACAGAGGACCAGAUAUUUUGAACAAGAAAAUGGUCUAGUAAUGGUCGGAGAAUCUCUAAGGUGAAAUGGUGAACAGGCCGCCACAAUCUCCUAUGUGCUUAUGUCCUCAACUGCUAUUCAGCAGUUUGAGAUGAUCUUGAAUGCAGUAUCAGAAGAAAGGACCAUCUACUUUCAACCUUGGGUGCUGAUGUUUGCAUGGUCAGUUUCAUCAUUAGAACGCUAAAGGUGUUUUUUGGGUCUGAGUGUGAAUGCGUCAGUGUACUUCUUACAAAGAAGGUUUUAUGACAUGACAUCUGACUAUGUCUAAAGACAAAAGUGUUUCUACCUGUUCUAAAAGGCCAUAUUCAACCCAUAGCCUGAUCUCUCUCAAAUAGUUUUUUUGCUUGUCUUUGUAGUCUCGAUGCCAUGAAUUGUACUAAUGGGAAUAACUGCUCACAUGUUCAGACAGUCCCCUUGAAGACAUCCAUGGUGUUACACUUGGUUGUUCACAUGAAAAGUGACAGAAGUAGUUGUGUGAAGAAUGAAAAAAGAGAGCUUGCGAGAGAAGUUCAAAGCCUGUCUACCUUCACGUCUCCACACACCUGGCCAAUCAAUACGAAAAGUGAAUGUGAUUCUCAGAUUGUCUGUCUGUUUUGGAAAGUUAUACAAAUUGUCAGAAGCAGCCUCCCAGAUUCCAACAUCAGAAAGGGGUUUUCAGAUGCCGUUACACGAUCUGAUAAACAGUGAAUGAACAGGGAAGGGGGAAACAUGUUAACAAGUCUCUUCUGUGAUCUCAGCCUCAACAGUUCCUACACCAGGCUGGCUGUUUGUUUCUUGGGAAACCACAAGUGAAUUAGUUUGUAGAUGUGAAGCCCUUUUGUAGUUAAGGGCCUAUUUUCAGUGGAGGAACUCUAAAGCACUUGCAGCAAACUGUAGGAUGUGCGCACUACCAAAGAGUGGUACUUAGAGGGGCAUUUCAAUUUGGUGGAAUGAGACUGAUUGGUGUUUGUUUUACAGUUCAUCCGGCCACACAGAUGUUUGGCCCAUAAAUUUAAUUGUAUGCAUGCCAACACUGUCCACCAAGGGAAAUGCAGUAAUAUGGAAUGGCAUUAUGAUCUUGGAAAUUGAUUAAUCAUCUCUUCCCCACCCCACCCCAAUAUUGCAUGUGGAUGACUGAGCUUGUUCAGUGUAGGUUUGAGUUCAGCAACCAUUAUUAGACGGCUAGUGACUUUUUAUGAAAACAAAACACUAAAAAAAAAAUAAGAUGAAAGGAAGUGCGUGGUGUCAUUUGUCCUCCAGUGGCUGUAACAAGUGUGCCUGAAAUACUUUGCGAGGCUUCCACACGUUGAUGCUUCCUCCUCUAGAUGUGCUGUGGGAUGGAAUAGUUUUGUGAAGGAAGCCUUCAUCAGCCCCCACAGGUCUGGCAACCAAACUAUGUUGUAAUUAGCUUUUUUAUUUUUUUUAAACCUUGUGAUUAUGAAGUUAUCAUAUUCUACUUCAGGAACAACCUUGAAACGUGAAUUGACAUCUUUAUUCAAGGUCAUGUAAAGGUAUCAGUGACAUUUAACCAUGUGGGGUUUUUUUGUUUGUUUUUUUUUUGACUCCAACUGAAAAACAAACCAUUUAUUUGGCCAAAAAAUGAUUUGGAAGGUAAUUUUUAUUUUCUGUGAAGUUUGUAUGAUGAAUUUGGCAGAUGUGAAGGCAUAUGAAUGUAUAUCUUUGUACAAACCAUUUAGUUCAGAGGACAUGUUAGUUAUGACAGACACAUGCAAGAAAAAAACUUUUAUAAAUCUUUUUGUAUUAGAACAUUAACAAUGGUAAUUUUUGUAUAUAUACGAAGGCUAGGCUUUCUGAUUAGCAGAAAGGUAAAACAUUCCUACAUUUUUUUUAAAUGUAUGUCCAUUGAGAAUAAUUAUGUGAACAUAUGCGCAAUGUUUUAUGUGCCUUUUAUUUGGGUUUGUCUAAAUAAAAGAAAACAAUAAAACAUGAUUGUGGACUGUCCAUGCUGAGUCCCACAGAUGAAAGUCAAUGCUGUCCAUCUCAGCUGAAUCUCCGGACUGACCCACCGGCACUCGAGACACUCCCGUAGAUCAGGAGUGAUGUACUCCUUUCUGGUUUUAGUUGCUUUUCCUAGCUUUAGUUGAGGUUUCUGGGAGGCUGAGAUGGUUGCUGAAGUCUCUGGUCUGUGUGGGUGCUUCUGAUCUCCAGGCUCCUCAGUGUCUUCACUGGCUCACUGGCUCACAGUUGGCCUGCUCAUGAUAAAAGUGCCUCUGUGACUUCGCUUAUUGGAGUGGACUGUGGGGGAUUUGUGCCAAAUCAUGGUCUGUAUGUGACAAUAAAAACAUUUCGGUGUUUUUUAUUCUCUAACUAUUAAACUUGAAAAUGUGA